AUGACACAUAGUUAUCCGACUUUCCUCUCAACGGUCCCUGCAUUCAUGACCGAAAACACUGUGCUGCUCUUACGUCUUUGGCCUCUUAUUCGUGAUCAUGUUUCCAUCCGCAGAGAAGGCACGCUCGUAAGCAACGGAGGAUGCUGUAAUCGCGAACCUCAUGGGCAAGAUAUAGCGUUUGAUUCAUCAAGACCUUUUUCAUCCUCAUCAUCAAAGUCUGUAUCCAGUAUGGAUUGUGUAACUGACUACAUGGAAUUGUUAAGGCUGGUGUCCGAUAAGAAACUGUUAUUAGGCGUGGGAGUGGUGGCCAGCGUAUACUUCAUUUCAAAGUCUGUGCACAUUCUAAGGAGCUAA